UAAUUGCAGAUGCUUGAAAAAUUUAACACUCUUUGUUUAGGUGAUGCCAUAUGGUGGGUAUUUCAUUUUGUAUAAAUCGGGCAUUAAUUUCCUGUUAAAUGAUAACUUUAAAUUUCAUACUAGUAAAUUUUUCGAAAGAAUUCUCUCAAAUUGGAUAUUUUAACACACUCUUUAUUUAGGUUUGUCAUAUAAUGGAACUCAUUUUUACACAAAUGCAAUAUCAAUUCCUUGUCAAUUUAACUGUUGACUUUGCUUAUUUUGAAUUAUUCUCACCAGAACUGUUAUAUCACUAGUGAGCGUUGAUUCACAGAUAUCUUGUUCACUUUGGAAAUUGUCUGUACUAUUAAUUGUAAUUAUGAUAUAUAUUGACAUUAAUCUGUAAUUCAUAGUAAUUAUGGUUUAGAAUGUCAAGAGAGUUGCUAAAAUCAUAAAAAGAAAGUAACAAAUCAAAUGAAUUUUGUUUUAUUUACUCAUAGACAAUGUGAUAUGUAGAUAAUUUCUUAAGGAGCAUCCGUCACUUCACCCUAGUCGAGAUGGAAUAAAAUCCAACAUAUUGUCCAUAUUGGUCUGGAUAUUUGUCUCUAAUGGUCCAAACGCAGCAGCUUGGUAUGAUUCGCCUCACACCUACACCAAGGCGUCCAUGAUGCCACAGGAUGAAUUGACGGGUUUAAGCGUAUGAUACACGGAGAUACAGUGGAUGAAGUCAAGAAAAACAAAAUACAUAUGUGGUUGUGAUUUUGAGACCUAGUCCCUCCACACAAUGGAAACAGCAAGCAUUCCAUGUAAAGUAAAUCAAUGUUCUAAGUGUCCGGGGGACACAGAGUACUAUUGUGUAUCGUGUCCAUGUGAUCUGUGUCCCCAGUGUAAAGAGAACCAUGUAAAAGAUCUCCAAACAAUAGACCAUGAUGUUGUGUCACACCGUGAUAAAAUCAACUACAUCCCAACACAAGAGAUCUGUGUGAGACAUCCUAGCCAUGUUUAUAGAAAGUACUGUGAACCUUGUCAAGUUCCUGUCUGUUACCAUUGCACACAACAUAGAAAUCACCAACAAUUAGUUAUUACAACAUCCUAUAACACUAAGCGACAACAACACAGAGGAACCAUUCAUACCAUCAGAAGUGAGGCUCUCUUUUACAGACCUGUUCUCCUGCCACGAAUCAAAACUGAUUUCAAAACCUGUCACACAGAAUUUUCCCUCUAUCAAUCAGAGAUGUUAACAAAGGCCCAGACACUGAAUUAUCUCAUUGACUAUAUACAAAACGAUUUCAUGUGUAAUGUGUUUUGUUACUUUGAUUUCAAACACAGAUGUUUAAAACAGAAGAAAGAAAUGAUCAGACAUAUUGUCAGCCUACAGAGAUAUGAACACAUAUAUGAACAGAGGAGAGUAAUCAGACCGCUACAAUUCCUCUCCUCCAUAAAGACAGCCCUCCCCCAGAUACAUCCUUCACUCCACACCAGCCAGCUCUCCAUGACUGAGUCACUCAACGAGGAGGAUGUGAUGGAGUCACUGAGUGCAAUCCAAAUCAGAGAGAGAGGAAACCGACGCAUAGGAAACCAGUGUCUGCUGAAACUGACAUCUGUUCCUGAGUUCCAUCAAUCUCUUACAGUGACAGGUGUCAGUCGUUGUUUACACAUUUCCUGUGUGACAUCAGACCGGGUCUGGGUCAGUGAUGAUAGAAACAAUCUCAUCUUGACAGACACAACAGGUGUCACUCUACAUUGUGUAGAGGAUUUAUGUAGUGAUUUAUAUGGUACAGGAUUACACACAGUGAACAGUGAUAGUGAACUAAUUUAUAUAGAUAGGAAUUAUAACAUCAAAAAACUGUCAAAGGAUAUGAAAACAACCACCACAUUUAUAGAGAGAACAGACUGUACAUGGGAACCACGGUGUGUGUACUGGUCCCCAACCACUGGGGACCUACUGGUUGGGAUGCGUUAUUUAUAUAUACAUACAGUGACAGGCAAGGUAACCCGGUACAACCAGAGUGGACAACUGACACAAACCAUACUGUAUGACAACACAGGACAGGUACUGUAUAGUAAACCUAUCUAUAUAACAGAGAACAACAAUGGGGAUGUCGUGGUGUCUGAUCAUUGGUGUUUAGUGGUGACAGAGCGUGGAGGAAGAUAUCAUAUCUACUACCAAGGACCUCCAUUAGGAUCAAGACUAGAUCAUGGUGGAAUUUGUACUGACGCGCUGUCAAACAUCCUGGUGUGUGAUCGUAGAACCGAAACAGUACAGAUGUUGGACAAGGAUGGUCAGUUCCUGUCAUAUCUACUGACAGAAUCACAAGAGAUGGGCAGACCAUGGAGCCUGAGUUAUGAUGUCAACACUCACCGUCUCUGGGUUGGAUCACGGGACAACAACAAGGUGUGUGUCUACAGGUAUAUCACCAGACAGGACGCUCUGACAGAUCAAAGUCGUGUGAUGGAGUCUCUGAGUGAAAUCCCAACCCCAGGGAUCGAAAAACCACAGAAAGGAAACCAGUGUCUGCUGAAACUGAUGUCUCCCCCCGAGUUACUUCACUCUCACACAGUGACAGAUGUUGAUCGUUGUUAUCACAUUUCCUGUGUGACAUCAGACCGGGUCUGGGUCAGUGAUAAUGGAAACAUUCUCAUCUUGACAGACACAACAGGUGUCACUCUACAUUGUGUGAAGGAUUCAUGCAGUGAUGAUUCACGUAGUCGUUUAUAUAGUGAUGGAGGAUUACACACAGUGAACGGUGAGAGUGAACUCAGUCUGAUUUAUAUAGAUAGGAAUUAUAACAUCAACAAACUGUCAAAGGAUAUGAAAACAACCACCACAUUUAUAGAAAGAACAGACUCUACAUGGAGACCACAGUGUGUGUACUGGUCCCCGUCCACUAGGGAUCUACUGGUCGGGAUGCGUUAUAAACAAAUAUCCACAGGCAAGGUAACCCGGUACAACCAGAGUGGACAACUGACACAAACCAUGCAGCAUGACAACACAGGACGGCAACUGUAUAGAUAUCCUAACUAUAUAACAGAGAACAAUAAUGGGGAUGUCGUGGUGUCUGACUUAAUCAGCGCUGUAGUGGUGACAGAGCGUGGAGGAAGACAUCGUUUCUCCUACACAGGACGUCCAUCAGGAUCAGGACUAAGGCCACGUGGAAUCUGUACUGACGCUCUGUCACACAUCUUGGUGUGUGAUGGUGAAACCAAAUCAGUACAGAUGUUGGACAAGGACGGUCAGUUCCUGUCACAUCUACUGACAAAAUCACAGGAGAUGCAUGAACCAUGGAGCCUGAGUUAUGAUGUCAACACUCACCGUCUCUGGGUCGGAUCAAACAACAAGGUGUGUGUCUACAGGUAUAUCACCAGACAGGAUGAUCUGACAGAUGAACACAGACCCCGUCCUGAUGGGGAGGCCAUGUUUAGCUCAACAUCAGCCGUAGAAUGGAGAUAGCUGGGAUAUUGACAGAUAUGAAGAAUGUUAUUGAAUUCAUACAAACAUUGUGGAUUCCUGACCAUGAUUUUCCAUUUACAGUAUAUCCAACAGAGUUUAUGGUGGAAUCGGACAAAAUAUUUCCUGAAGAGACAGAUACCAGUAUCUUAUUGAGUGAUGUAACGGACCGUGUGUUUAUAGCUCUACACAGACUUACUGAGUGAUGUAAUGGGCCGUGUGUUUAUAGCUCUACACAGACUUAUUCAGUGAUGUAACGGACCGUGUGUUUAUAGCUCUACACAGACUUAUUCAGUGAUGUAACGGACCGUGUGUUUAUAGCUCUACACUGACUUAUUCAGUGAUGUAACGGACCGUGUGUUUAUACACUGUAGCUCUACACGGACUUACUGAGUGAUGUAAUGGGCCGUGUGUCUAUAGCUCUACACAGACUUAAUGAGUGAUGUAAUGGGCCGUGUGUUUAUAGCUCUACACAGACUUACUGAGUGAUGUAACGGACUGUGUGUUUAUAGCUCUACACAGACUUACUGAGUAAUGUAACGGACCUUGUGUUUAUAGCUCUACACAGACUUAUUCAGUGAUGUAUUGGGCCGUGUGUUUAUACCUCUACACAGACUUACUGAGUGAUGUAACGGACCGUGUGUUUAUAGCUCUACACAGACUUAUUCAGUGAUGUAACAGACUGUGUGUUUAUAGCUCUACACAGACUUAUUCAGUGAUGUAAUGGACCGUGUGUUUAUAGCUCUACACAGACUUACUGAGUGAUGUAACGGACCGUGUGUUUAUAGCUUUACACAGACUUAUUGAGUGAUGUAAUGGACCAUGUGUUUAUAGCUCUACACAAACUUAUUCAGUGAUGUAAUGGACCAUGUGUUUAUAGCUCUACACAAACUUAUUCAGUGAUG